AUUUUAAACAUCCCUUGCUCAGGUGAAAAUGGACUCGCCCUACCUGUAUUUACAUUCCGUUUGACUUGUCUAAUAAUAGCGUCAUGGCUAAUAAAGCCAGUAAGCUUGUUUUGGUUUCUCUUUUGAUAUGUUCUGUUGGCAUAGUCUUUUUCCUUCUGAGUUUUGGGACAGGGAAUUGGUUGGAAGGGGACAAUCAGGGCUUCCUCAGCAUGGGGCUCUGGGAAGCCUGCUUCAAUAACUGGCGUUACUACAAAGACCCUACGCAAAACCGAUACGACGGCUGCAGGUGGAUGCUGUCCUCUGAUUUUGACGAUAUCCGGGAGUGGAUUUGGCCAGCAUGGUUACAGGGCGUACAGGGCAUCAUGUGUGUCUCGCUGAUUCUGGAGAUUUUUGCUGUCAUCGUGUACGUCGUCAUCAUGUUUCAUAUGUUACGACAAAAGUACUUUUUCAUCAUUCUUCUAGGCACUGCAAUGGCAAACUUCAUCUCAGCGUUUUUCUGUUUCGUGAGCAUGAUUGUCUUUCAUACCAAGGCUCUAAAUGAUCUCAGGUGGAUUGAGAAUAACGAAAAACAUAACCAAGGCUGGUCCUUUUACAUCCUCAUCCCUGCCAUGUUUUGUUUCGUCAUUUCCGGUUUGACAACUAUCAUGUCAGCUAGGCGGUUUCGUCGAGACGCAAAUGAUGGGCCAGUGGCAAUUCCAUACCGGUCUUGAAAAUGGACAGUUGGUCAAAAUUCGAUGUCUCAUUGCCAGUAGAUGAAAUGUCUGGUACGCCAUUAAAUGAUAGACCGCAGUGCUGCAUGUCCUCCUCGAUUAUUGACUCCGGACAGUGGCGAUUGAUGGUUUCCGGUAUCGCCAAAAGAAUGUGGCGGCUUUGAUCUCAAUGUAUAGUUUUUAUCAAAGUUAUAAAAAUGUUUUUCUAUAUGUGUGGCAGUUUUUGUAGGUUUAAGGAUGUUAAGUUUCUAGAUGAAACGCUCCCUGUUGGCAAUUUUAAACAAAGUUGAAAGCAAACUUUCGUGCCAUAUACAGUUAAUUGCUGCAAAUUAGAUGUUAAAAGGAGAAAGAAAUCCCUUCGUCUAAUACUUUUUUUCCUCUUUGUAAAGUUUUUUUUUUACGAUUUUAUACAGUGAUUUAAUUUGAAAGUGAAUUCUGUACACUUAAUUGUAAAUGUUAUGUACAGUGUAGUACAUUUUAUCUACGAUUGAUUUAAAACCAUCGGUUGCCAAUCCAAUCAGUAUUUUUUCCCCAGAAAGUCAUGAAUAAAAUUCUUGUCUUAUUUUUUUAUUUUCUCGGAGAGAGGGAGGGGUAUCCGUAUAAGAUUUUUUUCUGAUUUAUACAUGUUUGUUUUAAUUUCUUACAAUGAACAUUUUCAUUAAUGUAUACUUUUUCUUUUUAUUGAGUAUCUUGGAUUUUAACGCAUAAUUGUGAUUAUUUUGUUAUAAAUAUACCUAAAUGUAUAUAUUGA